AUGGACGACACGGACAGCGAGGACGAGCUCCCCCCGGGCUGGGAGGAAAGGUCCACUAAAGAUGGAUGGGUCUACUAUGCCAAUCAUGAUGAUAUGAAGACCCAAUGGGAGCAUCCCAAGACUGGAAAGAAAAAGCGUUGUGCUGGAGAUCUACCCUAUGGCUGGGAGCAGGAAACUGACGAAAAGGGGCAGGUCAUUUAUGUGGAUCAUAUCAACAAGAGGAGGACGUACUUUGACCCGCGGCAGGCCUUCACGGUGGAGGACGUUGUGGUGAAGCCCAAACGAUAUGAUGGGAACACUGCAGCUCUCGAGAUCCUACAGGGACGGGACCUCUCUGACAGAGUGGUUCUCAUCACUGGAGGCAACUCUGGCAUCGGCUUUGAGACGGCCAGGUCCUUGGCACUGCAUGGGGCCCAUGUGAUCCUGGCGUGUCGAAACCUGACGCGGGGAAACAAGGCAGCCAGCCUCAUACAGGACGAGUGGCACAAAGCCCGAGUGGAGGCCAUGAUGUGUGACCUGGCUUCGCUGCGCAGUGUCCGGGAGUUUGCAGAGGCGUUCAAGGCCAAGAAACUGCCCCUGCACAUCCUGGUGUGUAAUGCAGCCGUGUGCAGCCAGCCCUGGAGUCUGACUGAAGAUGGUGUGGAGAGCACCUUCCAGAUCUGCCACCUGGGACACUUCCUCCUGGUGCAGUGCUUGGAGGACCUGCUGCGGCUCUCUGCUCCAGCCCGAGUGGUGGUCGUGUCCUCGGAGUCACACAGGUUUACCGACCUGAAUGACUCCUGCGGUAAAGUCGACCUCGCACUUCUCUCGCCGCCCCAGAAGAGCUACUGGUCCAUGCUGGCCUACAACCGAGCCAAACUGUGCAACAUCCUAUUCAGCAACGAGCUCCACCGCCGCCUGUCCCCCCACGGAGUCACCAGUAACGUCGUGCACCCGGGGAACAUGAUGUACACGGCCAUCCACCGCAGCUGGUGGCUCAUGACCUUCCUCUUCACUCUGGCCCGGCCCUUCACCAAGUCUAUGGUAAGUGGACACUCAGCCUGCGUGGGUUUAGAGAUGGAACUCUUGUGUUGCUAUGGAUGUUAG